AGCAGAUACAGUGGCCGCAGGACCUGGCAAAGUGCGUCCAAUCCCAGUCGGGUGCGAAGCCUGCGAAACAAAAAAAGGUCGCUGCGCCACUUGUUAUGUAUCUUGUGUGCCCCCAACGGCCGCCUUUGCAACCAGCCGUGCCGGGCUCCCUCGCGGCGCGUACAAUACCACGCUGCCCCCAGCCUGACCAGAUACUAACAUGUUCUCAAUUCAUCAUCUCCCAUUCCCACCAUGCCCGAGAACGAUAUCCGCCUGCUCGCCCUCGACGGCGGCGGCGUCCGUGGCCUCUCCUCCCUCAUGGUCCUGCGCAGCCUCAUGGCCGCCGUUGACCCCGACAAUCCCCCUAAGCCCUGCGACUACUUCGACAUGAUUGGCGGCACCAGCACCGGCGGCCUCAUCGCCAUCAUGCUUGGACGCCUGCGCAUGUCCGUCGACCACUGCAUCGCCGCGUACAUAUCCUUGUCCAACGACGUGUUCCAGAAAAAGAGCCAUAGGGUGAAGCUCAACGGCAAACUGCAGGGCAGAUUCGACAGCGCCACACUGGAGCGCGCCAUCAAGCAGAUCCUCAAAGAAACCGGCCACGACGAGAAUGUCCUGCUCAAAGACGCGUCUAGCACGUGCAAAGUGUUCGUCUGCGCGACCAGCAAGCAAACGAGCGAUGCCGUCUGCCUGACUAGCUACCGCACCCCCCGCUCCACAGACCUGCUCAGUACCACCAAGGUCUGGCAGGCCUGCCGCGCCACCUCUGCCGCAACAACCUUCUUCGAUCCCGUCGCCAUCGGUUUCCCUCCCGAGGAAUUUGUCGACGGCGCCCUCGGCAUGAACAACCCCGUCUUUGGAACCAGGCGCAGGAUGUGUGGGGCGACCGGCUGCGGAGCAGCUUGCGGUGCCUGGUGUCGAUCGGCACGGGAGUACCCGCCUUGAGUCCGGUGGGGGGGGAUGCGCUAGGGAUCUUGUCGACGCUGAAGGAGCUCGCAACGGAAACGGAACGAACGGCCGAGCGGUUCCGCCAACACAACGUGUUCCUCGAUAACGACGGCCGCUGCUUCCGCUUCAACGUCGCCCACGGACUCGAGAAUGUCGGCCUGGAGGAGUCGAAGAAGCACGCGGAGAUUGGGGCUGCCACGAGACGCUAUCUCCAGACGCAGGACGUCUUGAAGCAGAUGACGGCUCUUACUAAUGCUCUCGCCAGGAGGCAAUGUUAGUUACUCCCACUAUAGCCGGCAAUAUACUAUGAUAACAUCCAGCUCACUCGUUUCGUCGUA